UGUUAGAUUUUUUAGGAGGAUGCCUCAAACCGUUGCUUCUCAGUAGUGAUAUGGCCGUACAUGUAUCAAUUAUUACAGUAACUUUGACUGUGUUUUUAUUUUAUUUUAGGAAAUCUUAUCCUAGAGACACGAUUAUUCACCACACUAUACCGAGAGGACCGUUUGCUCCAAGUACAACUCCUUUUGCUUUAAAACUGGAGACCUAUUUCAGGAUGGCAAAAGUUCGAUAUCAGAAUGAAUACGACAGUGGUCCUAACAAGAGUUCCAAAGGAAAAUUAACAUGGAUUGAAUACAAUGGGGUGGAGGUGGCGGAUUCAGAGUUUUGUAUCAAGUUCAUCAAUAAAACACUCAACAUAGAUCCAGACAAAGAUUUCACAGAUGAGGAAAAGGCCAUAGCUUACUCUCUUCAAAAAGUGGCGGAGGAGUAUUUCUACUGGGCAAUAUUUGUACAACGUUAUGUGCAUGAAAAAGAAGCAGAGAUUCUCAAAUACAUUGGAGUUCCUUGGAUAUUCAGAAUAAUGUGGAAACGUACGGCAAUAAAACAAGCGCAUGCGCAAGGAAUGGGUCGUCAUUCUAAAGAGGAAGUAGAAUCACUCAUUACUGAGUGUCUCCAGCACUUUUCUUCUUUUUUAGGGAAGAAAAAGUUCUUUCUUGGAGAGAAGCCUUGUCAGUCAGAUUGUGCUAUUUUUGGAAUGCUUGCCCAGAGCUACUGGCAUGGAUUAGGUUCAUUUGCAGAAAGGGAAUUCAAAAAGUUUGAAAAUCUCUGUAAUUACUGUGAGAGGAUGAAGGCAGAAUUUUGGCCAGACUGGGAUGACUGUAUUACACACGGUAAUACAAGGGAGGCCACUAAAUGAGG